AUGAAUUUUCUACCACCUCGAGCACAUGAACAAAAUUUUGGCUUCAAUGGAUUACCAGACGAUUUUUCCUUAGAUGAUAUCUUCGAUCAAAACCCCACAACUUCGAUUCAAUUUUUACCAGAGCAACUUUCAAUGAACCAGCAACAGCAAUCAGGGUACCAAACCGAACACGACACUCAGAUAGAUUUCGACUUGUUUUCGCGGCCUUCUUCGAUUUCGGAGAUGUCUUCUGGCUCGUCAACGAUGUCGUCAUCGUCCGAGGUCUUCUGUAAUCCUCAAAUUCACCAAAAAGAAUCAGAUCAAAGAGGAUCACCAGUCUGCGAAAUUAACGCCGGAGUGAUCGACAAUCAUCAAGAGCAGCCUGAGAAACAGCCAAGAAAGCGGAAAACAUUUUCAAAAUAUGCGGGCGUAAAAAUGAUCUGUCAAAUCUGCGGUGGUAAGGCUAAUGGUCUUCAUUUCAAUGUCCUUACUUGCGAAGGUUGCAAAGGAUUCUUUAGACGAUCCAUUCGCUACCAAAAAACGUACAACUGCCGAGGCAAGGAAAACUGCGAAAUUCUCGACGACCAGAAACGAAAGUGCUGCCACUGCCGUUUGAAAAAAUGCUUGAUGAUGGGCAUGAACACGAGCUUUGUGAUGAGCGAAGAACAGAUUCUGAAGAAACGAAAAGCGGCGGAGAACAAAAAACUAAAAGCGAAUGUCAAAAGCAAAUGUGAAAGUGAAGAGAUGAUCGCAAUCGAAUGUGUUUAUAAGAACUAUCAGGAGAAUAUGAAUGAGAAAAUUGUCCCAGAAGAAAUGAAGUUUCAUCGAGAGUUUUUCCGAAAGCGACUUUUCUUCGAGCACAAUUCUGAGCGUGAUUUAUGUCUGCAGCUAAACCGACAAUCGAGAAAUAUUAUCAUCGACAAAAUGAAAUUCAUCCAUCUUGCCGACCUAACAAAUGCCUCUUUUAAUAACAUCAUCAGAUUCAUCAAAAACAUCCCAGAAUUCAACUAUCUCGACACAGAAAAUCAAGUGAAAGUCAUCAGAAGCUGCAUUUUCGAGAUCCAUCUUGUAAAUCUCGCUCAAUUCUACGACGAAACUCGUGAUGUCCUUACCAUCGGCAACACAAGUUAUUCCCUAAGUAUGCUUGCGGAAACUGGAAUUCCAGAAAAUGCGAUGGAAAAGUUCAAGUCGAUUUUGCUGGCCUUCGAUAGAAUGCAAUUGACAGAAAAAGAACUGUCUCUGCUUCUCACAACAAUCAUCUUCUCCGAGGAUCGAGGCUACAACGACCAGUAUCUCUUUGAAAUUCAGGAGCGCUACGCUUUUCUUCUUCAAAAGACGCUCGAUGAUCGCCAAUUCAAGCGCAUCAGAAAUCGCUUUCCUGAGCUUAUUUUCCUUCUUUCUUCAAUCCGCUGUCUCUCGAUAGAGUUUCGACCCUUUCUUCAAGCCCUGACAAAUCAAUUUCCUGACUGUAUACCACCUUUGAUAAAAGAAAUAUACGACUAG